UGGAGCGCGCGGUCCCGACCCGCGCCGCGCGGUCCUCCCCGCGGUCCUCCGCGCCGGCAUGAAGCCGGGCCGGGCCGACGCGCCCUUCUGCCCGCGCCUCAACCACUCCUACCCCGGCAUGUGGGCGCCGGAGCCGGCCGAGGCGCGCGGCAAUCUGAGCCGGGCCGCCAGCGCCCAGGACUGCGGCUCGGUGUCGGUGGCCUUCCCCAUCACCAUGAUGCUCACCGGCUUCGUGGGCAACGCGCUGGCCAUGCUGCUCGUGUCGCGCAGCUACCGGCGCCGGGAGAGCAAGCGCAAGAAGUCGUUCCUGCUGUGCAUCGGCUGGCUGGCGCUCACCGACCUGGCGGGGCAGCUGCUGACCAGCCCGGCGGUCAUCGUCGUCUACCUGUCCAAGCGACGCUGGGAGCAGCUCGACCCGUCGGGCCGGCUGUGCGCCUUCUUCGGGCUGACCAUGACGGUGUCCGGGCUGUCGUCGCUCUUCGUGGCCAGCGCCAUGGCCGUGGAGCGCGCGCUGGCCAUCCGGGCGCCGCACUGGUACGCCAGCCACAUGAAGACGCGCGCCACCCGCGCCGUGCUGCUGGGCGUGUGGCUGGCGGCGCUCGCCUUCGCGCUGCUGCCGGUGCUGGGCGUCGGCAGGUACAGCGUGCAGUGGCCCGGCACCUGGUGCUUCAUCAGCAUCGGCGCGGGGGGCAACGAGACGGCCCCUGUCCGCGACCGGGGCGGCCUGGGCUUCGCGGCCACCUUCGCCUUCCUGGGGCUCCUGGCGCUGGCGGUCACCUUCGCCUGCAACCUGGCGACCAUCGAGGCCCUGGUGUCCCGCUGCCGAGCCAAAGCGGCCGUGUCGCAGUCCAGCGCCCAGUGGGGCCGGAUCACCACCGAGACGGCCAUCCAGCUCAUGGGGAUCAUGUGCGUGCUGUCGGUCUGCUGGUCGCCGCUGUUGAUAAUGAUGUUGAAGAUGAUCUUCAAUCAGACAUCAGUUGACCACUGCAAGACGCAGAUGAUGGGAAAGCAGACAGAGUGUAGCUUCUUCCUAAUCGCGGUUCGCCUGGCCUCCUUGAACCAGAUCCUGGACCCCUGGGUUUACCUGCUGCUAAGAAAGAUCCUUCUUCGAAAGUUUUGUCAGGAGAACAGCUGGUUUUGAACAGCUCGAAGAGAAGGAGGAAAGGAAGAGCAUGUGGAGCCAGCAUAUGAGUUCUAUCGUCUCAGCAGCCACCUAUUGAUCUACAGAAAACCCAAGAAACAAAACCCCAGUGAUCUCAGCUUUGGACAGGGACGUCAGAUUUCAGAAGUGCUGUGCAGAGGCUCUCUCUGUCCGAACGUGGACUUCUGCAGUCUCUGUCUGAGAUCAUGUUCACGCCCAUGGAGCUGGUUUAAGGAUGCAUGUAUGAUCAGGAAGAAGACAUAAAUAGGACAUUUCCUUAAGGUAUUCAUUAGAGCCCCAGAAAACCACAGGGAAAGAUACCCGUGAAUAAACUGUAGAUAUCCAUGUAAAAUCAGCAAGUGUUGAAUUUUCAAUGAAUUUAGCACUGUGCUAUCUCAUAGGAAAGACGUGUUGUCAAAUAAGAACAGCUAACUUUUCAAAUCAAAUGGGUACAGUGAAUGUCUUAAAUACUUUCUGGUUGAAGAAACAAAAUGUGUUACUUCAGAGCCAGGCAUGGUGGUACAUGCCUGUAACCCCGGAACAAAGGCAGGGUGGGAGGGUCACCGAAAGAUUGAGGCCAACCUGAUUUACAGAGGGAGUUCCUGUUAGUCAGGGCUGCACACUGAGACCGUCUCACACAAAACAACACAACAUGAAGUAUUACUUUGAGGUUUACCAAAUUUGCCUAAUGCUGUAUAUCAAAAUAUUUUAGAUGAAUAUGUUCAAUCACGAUAGAUUUAAGUUGCUCUGCCAUAAAAGAGGAUGUACACACAUUUCUACUUAAUUCUUCUCUAUCUUAUAAAAGAUCUCUUGACAGAGUUAUAGAGGGGAAAAAACCUGUAGGAUGUCCUGUAAGUUAAAGCCAGACUAAGAACUCAGAGACAGACUUCUUGGUAGUACCCUGAUACUUGAUUUUUCAAGUGGAUUUGCGCUUUUGUUUAUUCACACUUUUGUUAGUGUCCCCACCCAAAUUAGUGAUCAAAUUUCAGGCUUUCCAGCAUUGACAAUUACUUAAGAAUUCUUUUGGGGUGGAAUCAAGUCAGAAACAAAAUAGAAAAACACAUUGUUCUUUGAAAAGUUUUAUCACAUUUGUUACCAGUCAAUGCCAAAAGCUUCUCUCAAAAUACCCGUGAUGUGGAGAAGAGCAACACAGCACGUAUUUGCUUCCAUAAAUGCAUCAGAAGCUUAGUUAGAAUAGUUAAAAGAUUUAUGUUUUAUCCACCUAGUCAUAGACCGUGACAGAUUUUCACAGAUCCUUAUUUAUGGCUUGUUUUGUGCUUUUAAACUUUUAUUUUUAACUUCUGUGUGUGAGUGUUCUUCCUGCAUGUAUGUAAGUGCAUCCAUGUCCUGCAGGGCUCAAAGAGGACAGAAGAGGGCAUUGGACCCUCUGGAACUGGAGAUGUAGACGGUUGGUAGCUGCCAUGUGGGUGCUGGAAUUCGAACCUGGGUCCUCUACAGGAGCAGUCUAUGCUCUUAACCCCUAAGCCAUCUCUCCAAUUUUUAGUUUCAAAAUUGAAAUCUAAAUAAGUGUAAAAAUUGUGCAAUUUCGAUGAAGCUCAGAGAAGUGUUCUGUGAGUUGCAAUAAAAACCUGAGAGGAGGUAAGAUACUCCUGGAUUCUGCAGUCCUGCAGAAUUUAAAGAUCAGCCUUCAAAUUGGCCUGAGAAGACUAACAGGUAGUGAUGACGUAUGAAGUGACCCAGAGAACCUGGGAGAUGGUUUACUUUGUAUAGUCUGUUUUAUGAUACCUAAGGUGAAGAUAAUUUGAGUUUGUGGAAGUUUGGCUCUCAGCAGUACAUGUGACACUAUAUGAAGAAUACCUUCCCUAAGAAGGUAAUUCAAUCAGUUACAUCACAUUUGUUUAUGCCUCAGAGCUCCACUGCUGAUAAAGAAAAUUACUUUAUUCUUGGAAGCUUUUCACAGCCAGCUGUACUUACUAAACAGCCCACACACCUACCUACGCGAUUUCACAUUGGUCACAGUGGGUCUGCCCAAUACCAGUUUCCUGCCCAUCCUCUCAAGGAGAAAUAGUUGUAGUUGUGGGGCUUGAGUUGCUUUUAAGAGAAGAAAGAAAACUUUGUGUUUCCAAUGCAGAUAGGCAAACAGAUCUGAACCCGUCUUAUUGUUAUUCUGCUUGGAUGGAUCCAUUUUAUUAUGGAAGAUAAUUCCACAUCUAAUGUCUUUUUAAAUGUGCACCUCUAAAUUCUGUUGUGAAAUGCUUUAGAUUUAUAGCAUGCUGACCCUUUUGUUAAAGUAAAUCAAGGUCAAUAUUAUCCAAUCAAAAUGUAAUAGCUAAAGUUCCUUAUGUAGUUUUCAGUGUCUGGAAAAAUCAAAACUUACUGCUAAUCUAGGGGAAAUGCGUGUGAAUCUCCCGUCCUUCAGUGUGCAUUCUGCUUCGGAAAGAACAGUCACGUGGUGGGUAUGGGGCAGGUGGAGAACACAGACAACAGAGGAAACUUGCCUACCACAGCCUGUUAAAAGCAUGGACACUUACAGGCCAGAGCUCAGAAACAGACAGGCAGGGAAGGAUGGAGGGAGGGAGGGAGGGAGGGACUUCAUUUAACUUACACACUGCUCACCCAGAAAACACAGAAGCUGCCUGGGCUCCUUUCUAUAAAAGAGAGAGAUUGAUAAAUUCGUUCACUCAGAUAAUCACUGACUGCUAAUGUCUGAGAGAGGGAAUCAGUGUGGCAGAGAAAAAGAGAGAGAGAGGAGAGAGAGAGAGAGAGAAUGUAUUCUACUUCAGCAAAUGUUUUAUAUAAAUAACAAAGUUGUUUGGGUAAAUUACAAGCAGGCAUGGAUGACUGUGGUCUGCUCACACAGGAUGCGUGUGGGCCUCGCUGUCCAGUGUGGGAGCAGCUGAUGUUACCGGCACUCUAAGCUCCGCUGCGGGGUUCAGAACAGUUCACCUCUCCUCAGUGUCCCAUCCCCUCACACUCGGCUGAGCUGGAAGGUGGAUUUGUCACAUCUGUGUAAAGCUCUUUGGGCAUUUCUCUGCACUAUACUUUAAUAUAUCUUCCAUGUGUUUUAAAAGCUGAUUCUCAAUGCUGUGUAUAAAAAAUACAUCAGAAUUCUAAUGACAUUGAAGGAACACCUAGUCUGUGUAUUUAAUAAAUGUAUGCUGCUAUUUAUGUUGUCUGACAGUGGAAAAUAAAGUAGAAUG